CACUGAUUUGUGACGGCUUGCACUUGACAUUUCUAUUUUAGUUCACUCCCAAAUGUAUGACUUAAGGGCGUUAAAUUGCCAUUGUGUGGAAAGCCGAGGGAAGAGUUUCCAGAUGCGAUAAACAGGGUGUCUCUCCUUUAAUAGCUUGCUGUGGUCUGGCAUUAAGUGUCGGUUGGCAAUAAAUUGACGAGGGUUCCCCAGUCGCGUAGGCUUUCGCGGCGCUCUUCUUUCGCCAGUGUUGUGGCAAUAUAUUUCUUCCGCAUCUGAGCUGACUUCUCUUGGGCUCAUCUCCUGACAUGCACCGGGCGACUUUACUGCUCUCUACGCUGCUGACGCUUCUGGUUCCCGGGCCGGCCCGUGGAUACUUCACGGAGGAGCGCUGGAGUCCCGAAUCCCCCCUGCUCGCUCCCCGGGUCCUGGUCGCUCUGGUGUGCCGCAAUUCAGCGCACUCCUUGCCUUAUUUCCUUGGAGCUAUCGACCGCCUGAACUACCCAAAGGAUCGCAUUGCCGUUUGGGUGGCAACAGACCAUAAUAUUGACAACACCACGGCGAUCCUGAGGGAGUGGCUGAUCCAGGUGCAGAAGCUCUACCACUAUGUGGAGUGGAGGCCCCAGGAGGAGCCGAGUGCCUACGAAGAUGAAAUGGGUCCGAAGCAUUGGACCUACCUGCGGUAUGAGCAUGUGAUGAAACUGCGACAGGCUGCAUUGGACGCAGCCCGUGACAUGUGGUCCGACUACUUCCUGGUGGCAGACUGUGAUAACCUGCUGACAGACCGAGAUGUCCUGUGGAAGCUGAUUCAGGAGGAUAAGACCAUAGUGGCCCCCAUGCUGGAGUCCAGAGCGGCCUAUUCCAACUUCUGGUGUGGGAUGACCUCACAGGGCUACUACAAGCGCACCCCGGCAUACAUGCCCAUGCGUCGCCAGGAGCGACGAGGCUGCUUCGCCGUGCCCAUGGUCCACUCCACCUUCCUCAUAGACCUGCGCAAGGAAGCCUCGCGCCAGCUGGCCUUCUACCCGCCACACCCGGACUACUCCUGGGCCUUUGACGACGUCAUCGUCUUUGCCUUCUCCGUGCGCAUGGCUGAGGUGCAGAUGUUUCUGUGUAAUAAAGAGACCUAUGGCUACUUCCCCGUGCCUCUGCGGGGACACAACACCCUGCAGGACGAGGCCGACAGCUUCCUGCACUCGCUGCUGGAGUACAUGGUAAAGAAUCCUACUAUGGAACCAUCUGUUCACCUCACAGUAACUCCCAAGCAGCCAGACAAGAUAGGCUUUGAUGAGGUGUUCAUGAUUAACCUGCUGAGGCGAACUGACCGGAGGGAUCGGAUGCUGAGGACCCUCUAUGAACAGGACAUCACCUGCAAAGUCAUCGCUGCAGUGGAUGGCAAAGCGUUGAAUGUGAGUCAGAUUGAAGAGCAGGGCAUCAAGAUGUUGCCGGGAUACAGUGACCCAUACCACGGCCGUCCCCUGACCAAGGGGGAACUCGGUUGCUUCCUCUCCCACUACAACAUCUGGAAGGAGAUUGUGGAUCGCGGUCUGAAGACGUCCCUGGUGAUCGAGGACGACCUUCGAUUCGAAGUGUUCUUUAAGCGGCGGCUGCAGAACAUCAUGCAGGAGGUGGAGAGCCAAGGCCUGGAGUGGGACCUCAUUUACAUAGGGCGUAAGCGGAUGCAGGUGGACCACUCUGAGAAGUCUGUGCCCAACAUCCACAACCUGGUGGAGGCAGACUACUCCUAUUGGACCCUGGGCUACAUGAUGUCAUUGAACGGCGCCAAGAAACUAUUGGCUGUGAAACCCCUGACCAAGAUGCUGCCAGUGGACGAAUUUCUGCCCGUCAUGUACAACAAACAUCCAGUGAAGGACUACAUGACCCACUUUGAGCGGCGGGACCUGCGGGCGUUCUCUGCCGAGCCGCUGCUGGUGUACCCGACGCACUACACGGGCGACCCGGGCUACGUGAGCGACACGGAGACGUCCACCGUCUGGGACAACGAGGGCCUGCGCACCGACUGGGACCGCAAGCGCUCGCACAAGACCCGCGAGCAGGAGGAGCUCAGCAUGGAGGCGCAGAACUCCGACGUCCUCCAGUCGCCGCUGGAGAGCGCCGCCCGUGACGAACUAUAGGAGGGGGGCAGGAGAAGGGGGGCCACAGGGAUGGGAAGAAUAGGGACGGAACAUUGGAGGCGCGGAAGUCAAGACGCAAUGCACCACUGGAGAGCACCGCCUGGGUUGAAACUGUUGGGGUGGGGGUGCA